AUGUCAUUUCUGCUGAUUGAGUGCCUGCUGGUUGGCCGACUGGCUGUUUGGCUGACUGCUGAACAUUUUAUCAGCAAAAACAUUUUACGGAUUUUUCAUUUUUUAACUUUUCAAAAUUACCUCAAGUACCAGAAGUGUUUCUCACAACCACGAUUCGAAUUGCUCAUGAAAAGCUGCAAUAAAUCCCUGCACAUGAACAAAGAGUUCAGCCACUCCUCCGAACAGCAUUGCAUUCAUGAGUUCAUUGAGAAAUUCCUCAAAGUGUUGUGUUGGUUGAGACUUGAUUAUGGCUACGUAAGUAAGAUGAAAAGAAUUGCUGUUUUUUAUGCGCCAUUCAUCCGGCUGAUAAAAUGUUUCACGCAUAUAAACAUGGUUAAAGUUUUAAUCAGUGACUUCGUCGGCAAGAUAGAUAGAUGCGCGUGCAGUUGGACCUGUCUGCACAGUUUCACCAGAGUUAUCAUCAAAUUAGAAAACGAUUUCUUGCGGUGCGUAGUUGCCUCAACGACCGACCUCUGUGGAGAAGAGGCGGCCAAAUUUGAGAGGUCCCUGGUCCUCAAGAUGAAACAACCUGCGCUACAGCUCAAGGGCUGUCUACUUGCAAUAAAAUGUGGCAUGAAAACUUAUUCAAUUUUAUUUCUGAACGUACUUACGCGACGGCACAAAUGCAUCUACAAAUGUUUCCUUAAAUCGAUAGAAAAUUAA